AUGGAGCUUCGCAGAUCAUCUGGGCAAGCGAACAUCACGCGAAAGCAGCGACAGCGACAGCUGAUCAAACCGCCGUCCUCGACUUCUCACGUCGCCGCGGAACAGGGAGCGACGCCGCCACUGCCACUACCAGUCCGUCGCAUGCCUCAAAGCUGCUCGACAUCUUCCGCUCCACUCAACUCCUUCGCUCUGCGAUGCAUGGAGACCUUUCACCCUGACGGCAACCCGCUCGCCGCCUACCUCGAAGGCCAUGGCUCCUACGAAUCCGACUCCGCCAGCAGCAACGACAAGCGAUAUGAUGUGGAUGACCGACAACAACGCUCCUUCGCACCGCCAUCAUGGCAGCCGCGGAUCAAGAAGUGGAAGAACAGUCUGCCGACCAAGAUUCAGGAGGCAUCCGACUCUCCCACUUCUCGCAGACUCACUCGCUUCCACAACGCCUGGUCGUCGGCGGUGAACUCAUGGCUAGGGCGGGCGGACAAUGAGCGCUUUCUGGAGCAUUUCCGGUACAUCAUCGUGGCAUCACAACUCCUGGAACAAUAUCUCGAUCAUGGCUCCCUCAACCCGGCUGUCGCGUCGGGACAUGCCAAGCUGGGACUUGAUGGCGCAUCGGACACUCCAGGCAUGACACAAAAGGUUCCCACAAGUGUCUAUGGCGCGGCGGGUGUGACGGUCGUGGCGAUGGUUAUAGCAUUCAUGCUUGACCGCUUCCGUACCCAGCGCUCCAAUGUGCUGAGUAAGGGUCGCGUCGGGCUGGUCCUCAUGGCCUUGACUGCCAUUGCUGUUGUCGGAUAUGGAUACAAUCGACGACUACGACUUCGCUCUCUCCGCCAGCAGGCUGUCGAUGGAGCUUCCACCCUCACCGCAACAUGGCAGGCCUUUGAGCUCUCCUCCACCUCUGCUCUUGCCUUUAUUCAAGAAGUCGAGUUGGUGUCAAAAGGCUUCCGACUUAGCACACCGCUUCCUCCCGUCUCACGGAUUGAAGGCAACUCGGUUUCACGGAGAUGCGCCAAACUCCGCUCCGUCCUCUUCAAGGCCUACGCCGAAACCAUUCCCGCCUACAUCGCUGCGUCUGAUUCUCUACGCGCUCUCAUCACCGAAGACGAUCUCGAAAGAUACUUUGACGUCUACGACAUCAGCCUGCUAGAUGCCCGCGAGGCCUCGGUCAAAGACACCGCUACGUCCAUCGUGGACGACGACCCAGAAUCCCUCAAGUCGUUGCGUGUCCUUAGCUACCGCGCCGCCAUCCUUCGCCGCGUCACUCUCUGCUCCUUCAUGGCCCUGGAAGCCGAUGGUGGACAUCCUGACUUCCCUCGCUGGCGCACGGCAAAUUCCAUCAUCACCAAGCUCAGCACCUCCAUCGCCGCCUCCGCUGAACGAAUCCGUGUCGUCCUUAGCGAGAUGGACAGCAUCUCUAUCCCCCUCACACCUCCUAAACCCUCCGGCGGGUACCAGCACAGCCCGAGCCGCGAGAAGAUGCGCAGUCAAGUCCGGAAAAUCAGCACACUGUCUUCCGGUAUCCGCGGCCUUCAAGCCAAGAUGCAGAUCCUGCGCGAAGAAACGUCCAAGAACAUUGAACAGACAGAGGACCUCACAGAUCUUGGACCCUCCCUCAUGGCACAAUACGAGUCCAUCGGCACUGAUUUGAAAGAAUUAAUGCAAGCCUGGGAAGAAGGCAAACAAUCCCUUCAAUCAAACAUCACUAAACAAGAGCGUCGCAUCUCCAUGGCAUCCAGCAGUGGUGGUCUACGCUCGCCCGUCUCCAGMCUUGGCGGCCUUACAGCCGUCUCAGAAGGCGGAGGUGGAUUCCCUGACGACGCACUCCGGGUCCUCAAUGGCGAUAACCCUACAAAAUCCAAUCGAAGCAGCAURACGCCUUCUUCCUGCUACGCUUCAGACACCGAAGGGGACAUCACAAUGGUCUUUGAAGCUGUCGCCCUCCCACGAGUUCGAAGGAAGGGCAGUCUAGUGCAGAUUCCUCGGGAAGAAAGGAUAUUGAAGAUGCAAGAGGAGAGGGAUCGACAGGCUGCUGUGAGGGCUAAGAGAGAUGCCAGUGUGUCUUUGUUGAGAGAGUUGGAGAGUGUGAUUAGUUUGAAGGGCAAGCAAGGGGAGAAGGGUGGGAUGAGGACGAGUUUGUGA